AUGGACCGGUCCUCCUGCUGCGGCAGCACCCGUGGGUGCCUCGGAACAAGCUGCCGCCACCAGGCCUGCGCCCUCCACCCCCCGAGGGAGCCAAUCCCUGGGCAAGGAGGAGGCCCACCCCGCAGCCACAGCCCAGGGGAUAAAAACCCAAGGGGCACAUCCACCAACAGGCACCUCCUGAGCAUUGCGAUGUGGCCAGUGGGGCGCACAGGCCUGGUGGCCGUCUUGCUGGCCGCAGCCAUGGCAGCGGAGGCCAAAGAGGUCCUGGAAUUCAAGCCUGAAAUUGGGGUGUCCAACGGAGGCCUCUGGGGCGCCUGGGCCUGGCAGGAGAUGUGCCCGGAGGAGACCUACGCCACGGGAUUCAGCCUCAAGGUGGAAGCCUACCGGGGCCCGAUGGACGACGACACGGCGCUGAACGGGAUCCGGCUCUUCUGCACUCGGGGCGGCCGUGGGGACAAGCACGAAGCGCACACCGUGGAGUCCCAGAGCGGCCCGUGGGGCCAGUGGUCGCCGCCCAGCUGGUGCCCCGAGGGCACGUACCUGACCAGGUUCUCGCUGAGGGUGGAGCAGACCCGGCGCGGCAUCCACGACGACAUGGGCGCCACCAACGCCCGCUUCGCCUGCUCCGGAGAGGGCGCCCACCUGGAGGGGCGCGGCUUGAGCUGGGGGGAGUACGGCGAGUGGAGCCCGCCCUGCCGGAAGGGCCUGUGUGGCAUCCAGACCAAGCAGGACCCCGUGCGGGGAGCCCUGAGGGACGACACCGCCCUCAACGACGUGCGCUUCUUCUGCUGCAGCCGCUGA